AUGACGGGGCUGCUCCUGGGUAGCCUGCUGUGUUUUGUCAGCACAGCAUUAGGAAAUAUCUUUGAAUAUGAAGUAGAUUCCCAGCCCUUACGCCCCUGUGAACUUCAGAGGGAACAAGCAUUCUUGAAGAAAGAAGACUAUGUUCCUCAAUGCUUAGCAGAUGGUAGAUUCCGGAACACACAAUGCAGCAACAAUGGCCUUUCAUGCUGGUGUGUGGAUGCUGACGGAAAAGAAGUUCCAGGCAGUAAGAAGGCCGCAUUGCCAGCUGCUUGUCUAUCCUUUUGCCAGCUCCAAAAACAGCAGAUCUUGGUAAGCAGCUACAUCAAUAGCACUGCCACCUCCUACCUCCCUCAGUGUCAAGAUUCAGGAGAAUAUGAGCUGGUACAGUGUGAUUUGGGCAUGGUACAGUGCUGGUGUGUGGAUUCGGAAGGAAUGGAAGUAUAUGGGACCCGGCAAAGGGGAAAGCCAACAAGAUGUCCAGGGAGCUGUGAGAUUAAAAAUCGCCGCAUCCUUCAUGGUGUGGGAGAAAAGUCACCUCCUCAGUGUUCAUCCAAUGGAGAAUUUAUGCCAGUUCAGUGCAAAUUUGUCAACACUACGGAUAUGAUGGUUUUUGAUCUAGUUCAUAGCUAUAACAGGUUCCCAGAGGCAUUUUGGACAUUCAGUUCAUUUAGAAGCAGAUUCCCAGAAGUUUCUGGGUAUUGCUACUGUGUUGACAGUCAGGGACGGGAACUGGCAGAGACAGGAUUAGAGCUACUGCUAGACGAAGUUUAUGACACCAUUUUUGCUGGUCUGGAUCCUGCUUCCACCUUCACAGAAACCACCCUGUAUCGGAUACUUAAAAGACGGUUUCUAGCAGUUCAAUUGCUCAUCUCUGGAAGAUUCCAAUGUCCAACAAAGUGUGAGGUUGAGAGGUUGGCAGCAACUAGCUUUGGGCACGCCUAUACUCCAUCCUGCAAAGACAAUGGAGACUACCAACCAGUACAAUGCCAACAGGGAGGGCUGUGCUGGUGUGUGGAUGCCAAUGGGAAAGAAAUCCAGGAGACUCGACAGCAAGGAAAGUUACCAUCCUGUGGUGCAGAACAAUCCUGUGUCUCAGAGAGGCAGCAGGCUUUGUCCAAGCUCUUCUUUGGGCCUGGUGGACACUUCAGCCAACACAGUUUAUUCUUUGUCCCAGAAGAAAGACAAGAACCUCAGAAAGUUGCUAGGUUUGCCAAGUUCUGCCCACCUUCUUUCAAAGAGCUGUUUGUAGACUCUGGGCUGUUGCUCCCUCUCACUGAAAAGGGAGAUGCUAAACAGUUCUUUACCUUGGAAACUGUCCUCAGUGAAGCCAUUGAAGCAAUAUUUCCCUCUAAGGAUUUAGCAGCAGUUGCUCUCCAGUUUACCACAGACCCAAAGCGACUCCAGCAGAACCUUUUUGGAGGGAAAUUCUUGGAGAACAUAAGCCGUUUUAACUUCUCUGGGGCCAUUGGUGCCAAGAGUACAUUUAACUUUGUCCAAUUUUUUCAGCAAAUUGGCCUAGAAGGAAUCAAGAACAAAGAAGAUUUAAUUGAACUGACCAAACAGCUAUCAGCUGGCCAAGAUUCUAUCCAUGAUGAGGCGAUACCUAUAGAUUCAAAGGAAAGAUUAAAUUUAAAUCAACCAAUUGUGGGCAGCUUUGGCCAGAAGAUUAAUUUACAGGAAAACCAAAACAGACUAAAAUUUCUUGCCUCAAUUCUGGAGCUACCAGAAUUUCUUCUCUUCUUGAAGAGUGUGAUUUCAGUCCCAGAGAACAUAGCCAGAAGUCUAGGUGAUGUAGUGAAAAUGGCCUUUGACUCCCAGGCCUGUGAACAGCCAUCUGGAGAGUUGUUUGUUCCCACAUGUACUGAAGCAGGGAGUUAUGACCAAGUACAGUGCUUUGCUGGAGAGUGUUGGUGUGUGGACCCCCAGGGCAGGGAGCUCCCAGCUUCAAGGAUUCAAGGCCAAGGCCCCAAGUGUCCCACUGAAUGUGAGAUGCAAAGGGAACAGGCACAAGUUUUGUUGAAAAGCUUACCUGCAGGGUCAAGUCUUGCUGUGCCCUCCUGUUCAAGUGAUGGAAGUUUUCUGCCAGUUCAAUGUUCUGAUUCAGGGUGUUACUGCGUUGAUUCUAAAGGUCAAGUCAUCCCUAGAACUGAAACAGUGAAAGGAGAGCCCAAACAAUGUCCAACUACUUGCCAGUUGGCUGCUGAGAAUAUAUUUUUACGGACAGUGCAGGCCUUCUUGAGUAAGCCCAGCCAGUUCCCCCAGCUCUCUGACAUUUAUAUCCCCCAGUGUAAUUCCAAAGGUCAGUGGAAAAGGGUACAAUGCAAUGGGCCCCCUGAGCAAGUCUUCAAGUGGUAUCAGCGGUGGAUCACCCAGAACAAUGGUGGUAAAGAUCUUCCCCCUGCUGAGUUGAUCCAACAAAUAGGGAGCUAUAGAGAAACAUCUGAGACCUUUAGCAUCUACAUUGAAAAACUAUAUGAGGCUGGCCAACAAAAUGUCUUCCCACUGCUCACUCGCUACUCUUCCUUCCAAGACGUGCCGAUUGAAGUGUUGGAAGGCAAUGUAACAAUGACUGAAGAUGAUAUCCUUUUUGACCCAUUUUUAUUCUGGCAACUCCUGACUGGACAGCUUAGUCAUUAUCCUGGGAGCUAUACUGAUUUCAGCUUCCCCUUGGGUCAUUUUGAGCUUAGAAGUUGUUGGUGUGUGGAUGAGAGUGGGCAAGAACUGAAAGGAACACAAGUUGAACCCAACAGAGUCCCUGCAUGUCCUGGUGCAUGUGAAGAGGCAAGACUUCAAGUUGUUCAGUUCAUUGAAGAAACAGAAGAAAUCAUCAGGGCUUCCAACAGCUCUCAAUUUGCCUUAGGAGAGAGUUUUCUGAUGGCUAAGGGAAUCCUGCUGAGUGAUGAAGAGCUCUCCCGUCCUCUCUCCUUCCCAUCAGGGGAGAUGUUCUCCAAAAGCAUGUUCCGUGGGAGUGACUAUGCCCUUCGAUUAGCAGCACAGUCUACUUUGUCCUUCUAUCAAAGAAGCUACUCUGCUCUGGGAAACCCUGUGAAUGAAGCUAACCUUCUGGGUUAUCAUCCAUAUGUACCCCAGUGUGAUGGGUUUGGUAACUGGGAACCUAUCCAGUGCUCUGAAAGUACCGGACACUGUUGGUGUGUGGAUGAGAAGGGACAGUAUGUUGCAGAUUCUUUGGCUGCUCGUUCUACAAGAUUACCACAAUGUCCCUCAGCAUGUGAGAAAUCUCGGACCAAUGGGUUGCUUUCCAACUGGGAACAAGUGGGCACUGAGGGCAGUGUUUCUCCAGGAGACCUAUUCACCCCAUACUGCCUAGAGACAGGAGAAUACAGCCAGCUACAGAAAUCAGACAACAAUAUCUGGUGUGUGAACCCAGCAUCUGGAGAGGGCAUGCAAUUUGGUCAACUCCCUUCUAACAGCAGCAUCCAGUGCCCUAGCAUUUGUACCAUGUUAAUGGAAAAAGCCACAUUGAGGGAAGAAGGCAAUGGAUACAUCCCCACCUGUGCUGAAAAGGAUGGAAGUUUCUCACCUGUGCAGUGUGACCAAGAUCAGAAGAGCUGCUGGUGUGUGUUUGGGAAUGGUGAGGAGGUGCCAGGAACACGGAUCACUGGAGGCCAACCAUCAUGUGAAAGUCCUCAGUGUCCACUGCCCUUUAGAGCUUCUGAUGUAGUCCAUGGAAUAAUCCUUUGUGAAAAGGGAACCGAUCAAGAACAGACUGUUCAGCAAUGCCAGCUUAUGUGUCGCCAGGGCUAUCACAUUGCUUUGCCUCGGGGGCCAUUUAUAUGCAAUGUAGAAAAUCAAGACUGGAUUUCAGAGCCUCCUCUGCCUCAGUCUUGUCAGAAGCUCCAGUUAUUGCAAACCGUGCAAACCCAAGUACAAUUCCAUCUUCAGCUUCCCCCAGGGAAGAUGUGCAGUGCUGACUACUCUGGCUUACUCCAGGCUUUCCAGAGUUUCAUUCUGGAUGAACUAACGGCCCGCGGCUUCUGUCAGAUUCAGGUAAACACGUUUGGGAGGACUGCCUCUUUUCCUGUCUGUGAUGAUUCUACCGUACAAGUGGAGUGUCUGACUGUUGAACGCCUAGGAGUGAAUGUUACCUGGAGGUCCCAGCUAGAAGACAUCUCAGCAAACUCUCUUCCUGACUUCCAUGAUAUUGAAAAUGCCUUUGUGGGAAAUGACCUUGUUGGACGCUUUGUAAAGUUGAUCCAGAGUGGUGAUUUUCAACUUCAUUUAGAUUCUAAGACAUUUCCAGCAGAUUCAACCAUACGAUUCUUCCGAGGGGAUGACUUUGAGAUAUUUCCAAGUGUGCAAUUUGGAUGCAAGAAAGGAUUCCAGAAGAACUCACCACCAGGCAAAACAGUUCUGGAUUCACCGGGAUGUGUUGUUUGCCCUGAAGGCAGCUAUUUUCUGGAGGAAGAAUGUGUCCCCUGUUCUCUCGGAUUCUACCAAGAGCAGCCUGGCAGCUUGGCCUGUGUUCCUUGUCCUGCAGGCAAAUCCACCAUUUCAACUGGAGCUUUCAGCCAAAGUCACUGUGUCACCAAUUGUCAGAGGAAUGAACUGGGACUGAAAUGUGAUGAUGAUGGUGAAUACAUUCCUAGUCAGAAAGAUCUGAGUGAUGGGACAUCCUUCUGUGUGGACAGCCUUGGGACGAUGUUGGCUUGGACAGAAACAGAUGGGCCUUUAACUGAUUCCCAGUGCCUAAUGCUCCGAAAAUUUGAGCGAGCCCUAGAAUCUAAGAUUAUCUUCAAUGCCAAUGAUGCCAUGGUAGUUCAAUCUAAAACCAUGAAAGGAGAAUUUCCACUGAUUCAGUGCCUCUCAGACUGUUCUGUUGAUGAGGACUGCACCUUCCUCACAGUGGCCGGGACUGGAUCCGAUGUUGUAUGUGAUUUCUAUGCUGGCACAGAUAUCAACAUUGAUUGUGUAGCUUCUGGUCAGGAACAAGAUGCUCUGGGAAACAUUGCUGCCACCAGCUUUGAACGUCUGAACUGUCUUCUUAAAGUAAAGAAUGAUGAUAAAGCAUCUGUGACUGUCUAUUUGAAAAAAGGAUAUGAAUUCACAACAUCUGGUCGAAAAACAUUUGAGAAAUUGGAUUUCCAAAAUACUCUCUCAGGAGUCUACCAGUCCAUCAUGUUCUCAGCUGAUGGGGCCAAUCUGACGGAUAUUCACCUCUACUGCCGCCUGGCCUGUGACAGAGAAACCUGCUGUGAUGGCUUCAUCCUCACUCAGACUUUGCUAGGAGGAGGAACAAUCCUCUGCUCGCUGAUGAGCUCCCCCAAUGUCCUGCUCUGCAAUAAAAAUGACUGGAGACCACCUUCAGAGGUCCAAGGCAGUGGCAUAUGUGAUAAUGUGAAGUAUGACCCAAAGAAGAAGCAGUUUAUAUUGAGCCUUGGAGGGCAACAGUUUACAGGAAAUUCAGAGCUUCUUGAAGAAGUCCCAGGCCGCUUUACAAGUUUUCAGGAGGUUUAUCUGUGGAAAGAUUCAGAUGUAAAUACUGGAGUAAAGUCUGAAGAAUGUAGCCGGAAUGCAGCUCAAAGAUCAGUUACUCCACCAAUAUCAGAUUCAACAAUGGAACUCUUCUCCCAAGUGAACACAAAGCUUGUUCUUAUAGAUGGAAAGAGGACUGUGCCCAGCCAACAGUACCUUCUCUCCAGGCUCGAAUAUUCAGCCCAGCAGGCAAAGCUCUGGUGUCUCUCUCGCUGUGCUCAAGACAACACUUUUUGUAAGUUGGCAGAGGUGCGGAAUACAAGCAGUGGGGAUUUCACCUGCAUACUCUUCCCAGAUGCUCAGACAUGUGACAAUUCCCUCACAUUCACACCUGAGAGCUGCACUCUUGUCCUUCCUUACAGACCACAGACCCUUUUUCAUAAAAAAGUUGUCUUGGGAGACAAAGUGAAGGCAUUUUACACUCGCCUACCAUUCCAAAUACUGAGGGGGAUUUCUGUACGAAGCAAAGUGUCGAUGACCAGAAAACCUGUUUCCAAUGGGUUCUUCGAAUGUGAACUAAGAUGUGAUGCUGAUCCCUGCUGCAAAGGCUUUGGUUUCCUCAAUGUUUCUCAAUUAGAAGGUGGAGAGGUGAUGUGCCUGACUCUGAGCAAUCUAGGAUUCCAGACAUGCAGUGAAGAAACCAGAGGCCCCUGGCGUAUUUUGGACUGUAAUUCUCCUGAUACCGAAAUAAGAACGUAUCCCUUUGGCUGGUACCAGAAACCUGUUUUUCAGAAUGAUGUUCCUACUGCAUGUCCACCUGCUCUUCUCUCUCCUCUUGCAGAGAAAGUCUCUUUGAAAUCAUGGCAGAACUUGGACAUCUCUUCAGCUCUCAUUGAUUCAUCCAUCAUGAACUUUGAUGUAGCCCAUAUCAGUUUGGAUGGUUCCAGCAACUUUUCUGCUGCCAGAGACCUCUGCCUGUCAGAAUGUUCCCAGAAGCCAGCCUGCCACAUCACAACCCUAGAAGUCUGGCCCACAUCUGUCCGCUGUGUGUUCUAUCCAGAUACCUACAGCUGCAGGCACGGUCUACAGGGGCACAGCUGCCGACUCUUGCUCCGAGAGGAGGCUACCUAUAUUUAUAGGAAGAAAGGUAUCUCCAUGCUAAACUCCACUAAUGACACAGCCACAGUGUUCAUUGCCACCCAAGGGACUCUGAAAGGCAGAUCUGAGGCAGUUCGAGUAGGUGCUGAGUGGAAACGAAUUGUCCAGUUUCUUGGAGUUCCAUAUGCAACCCCACCACUGGCACAAAAGCGAUUUGGUGCACCAGAGUCAUUUAACUGGACUGGCUCUUGGGAGGCCACUGUGCCACGGGCCAACUGUUGGCAGCCUGGAUUUGGAAAGACUUCAUCUUCCAGUGUCAGUGAAGACUGUUUGUACCUGAAUGUGUUUGUUCCUCAAAACCUUGGUCAGAAUGCAUCAGUGCUAGUGUUUUUCCACAACAGUGGUGAAAAUGGUGGAAGAAGGAAGCAACUAGACCUGGAAGGAUCUUUCCUUGCUGCAGUUGGAGAUAUUAUUGUAGUCACUGCAAACUACCGAGUUGGCAUUUUUGGCUUCCUGAGCACUGGUUCUAGUGAGGCCAGUGGAAACUGGGGCUUGUUGGAUCAAGUUGCUGCUCUGAAUUGGGUACAGGCUCACAUUACCAGCUUUGGUGGAAAUCCCCAACGAGUGACUGUGGCAGCAAAUCGAGGUGGUGCUGACAUCACUAGCCUUCACCUUCUGACAACCACUGCCAAUUCUAGACUCUUCAAAAGAGCAAUAUUGAUGGGUGGCUCAGCUCUCUCUCCUGCAGCAGUGAUUAGCCAGAAAAGGGCUCAAGAACAGGCAGCAGCUCUUGCUCAGGAAGUCAGCUGUCCAACUUCUUCUGAUAGUGAUAUGCUGUCCUGCCUACGCCAGAAACCUGCUGAUGUCCUCAAUGAUGCUCAAACCAAGCUCCUGGCAAUAAGUGGCCCAUUUCAUUACUGGGGACCAGUAGUUGAUGGCUUCUAUGUCCAAGAGGUUCCAACCAGAACAUUGCAGAGAUCUCCAAGGGUGAAAGUGGAUCUGCUCAUUGGAAGUGCUCAAAGAGAUGGGCUGAUCAACAGAGCAAAAGCCAUUAAGAAAUUUGAAGAAAGUCAAGGCAGAACUAGUAGCAAAACAGCCUUUUACCAAGCUCUUCAGAAUUCCCUGGGUGGAGAAGAUUCAGACUCCAGCAUUGAAGCAGCAGCUACGUGGUAUUAUUCCCUUGAGCAUUCAACUGAAGAUUACUCAUCAUUCUCCAGGGCAUUGGAAAACGCUACCCGGGACUAUUUUAUCAACUGUCCCAUUAUUGACAUGGUCAGUCAUUGGGCAAGGGGAACCCGAGGGAACAUCUACAUGUACUAUGUGCCUGAAACCUACUCUCAGAACAGUCUGGAGUUGCUGGAUGAUGUCCAAUAUGCCUUUGGGCUGCCCUUCUAUCCUCAAUAUGAACAGCAGUUUACUCUGGAAGAAAAAAGUCUGUCACUGAAAAUCAUGCAGUACUUUGCCAACUUCAUCAAGACCGGAAAUCCCAAUUAUCCUUAUGACUUCUCAAGGAAGGUACUAGAGACUACAACCUUGUGGCCAGAAUUCCUUCCCCACAUUAAUGGAGAUAAUUAUAAAGAAUUUAGCCCUGAACUUCCAAAUCACCAGGGACUGAAAAAAGCUGAAUGUUCCUUUUGGUCCAAGUACAUCCAGACACUGAAAGCAUCAACAGGUGAAACUGAGGAUCAACCACCUUUAGCAGUAGAAGAGGAUCCCAAUGUCCCCGAGCAGGGCCAGAAAAGCUACAGCAAAUAACUGCAAUAUCAUAUUUAGAAUCCAUGACUUAUGUUAUGUUUAGCUACAUCUCAUUUAUCAAGAUCUCCCUUCCUGAUUAUUUUACCAUAUAUCUUUGUGUCUCUAAUAACCUAAUCACAAUUCACCAUGUGUAAAUAAAAAAAAAUGUACAU